AUGGGUCCUCAGUUCAAGAUGUUCUCCGGGUCUCAAAUGGCCCUGUUCCGGCCUUCAUGCUUCACGACCCCUUGCACAGCGCUUCCUCUUUCGCGAUGCUUCUCCACGACCUCGCCUGCUCUGGAUUGGCUCACUCCCAAGUACGCCGAGGUGUCGAAGUCUCCGAAGGGUCGCCCGCAUGUCCCGACCGGUGGCUCCUCGCGCGGUACGACUGUUGUCUGGGGUGACUAUGGCUUGCGGAUGAAGGAUCACGACCGUCGGUUGCCCGCCCAUUCUCUUAAGAUCGCGGAAGAAACCAUUAAGAGACGCCUGAGGGGUAUGAACUAUACGCUAUACAAGCGAGUCAGCGCGAACAUUGGUGUCUACACCAAGGGCAACGAGCAGCGUAUGGGUAAGGGUAAAGGAAAGUUCGAUUACUGGACGGCGAAGGUCGCUGUGAGCAGAAUUGUCUUCGAGCUGAAGGGCGACCUGCACGAGAAGGUUGCCAGAGAAGCUUUCCGUCUGGCCGGUCACAAGCUGCCUGGACUCUGGGAGUUUGUGAAGAAGGGCGAGCCCCCGGUGGUCGGACUGACGAAACUCGGCAACGGAGUAACCCUGGAGAGCCUUAAGCGUGCCCGCAGAAGCCCAGCCCUGGGGAUGGAGAAUCUCCCCACGCCCCCGCAGUCGACCUCCUCCAGCCCAUCCGCUUCUCAAUAA